GAUGUCUGGCUUGAACUGCGUGGCGGAUAUAAAAUGGGACUUGCGAUUCAAUUUCCAUAUCAGUCAUACAGCCAGCCACAACAAUGUCGCCCAGUCAGAUUCUGUUGAUCUCAGUUUUGCUCGGAGUAACCCUUUACUCCCAACAAGUUGUUGGCCAAGCAGCUAUUAAUUGUCAAAGGCCUCCUCAGCUUGUGGACCCAGCCCUAUGCUGCAAAGAUGGCGGACGCGAUCAAGUGGCAGAUCAAUGUGCUCAAAAGAUUUUGGGAGCAGGAAAUGGUCAAAAACCCGCAGGUCCUCCCUCUCUGGAAACUGCUGCGUGCCUUGCUGAGUGCAUCCUAACAACAUCCAAUUACAUCGAGGGAUCUCAAAAGCUCCAGUUGGAAAACAUUCGAAGCGAUCUAUCCGCCAAGUUUUCCAACGACAGCGGCUUUGUGGAGGCUAUGACCAUGGCCUAUUCCAAAUGUGAGCCACAAUCGCAACGGAGGCUGGCCGUGAUCAUGCAACAGUUGCAACAGCAGCAGCCGCAGCAGCAACAGCGAUGCAGUCCCUUUUCCGCCAUCGUACUUGGUUGCACCUACAUGGAGUACUUCAAAAACUGCCCGGAUCACCGAUGGACUCAGAAUGCGGAAUGUGCCCUGGCCAAAGCCUAUGUUACACAAUGUGGAUUGGGUGCUUGAUUUUGUAUCCGAUGCAGAGCAAUUUUUGUAUAUAAUAUUAAAUUUCGU